AUGAGACCUCAAAUCCUCCUCCUAACGAUCUUCCUCACCGUCCUCCCUCUCUUGGCCGUCGCCACUGUCAGCCGGAAGUUGGCGGCCGGACCCUGGGAGGCGAUCAAGGACGUGCACGAUCCACACGUCCAAGCGGUCGGCAAGUUUGCAGUGACCACGUUCAACAGCAAGAAUCACACCGACCUGGUUUUCAAGGACAUCAGAAGAGGGGAGACUCAGGCCGAUCGCGGCACCAAGUACUUCCUGCAUCUCCUAAUGGCCGGGCCGGUGUCGCCGUGUUACGUGGCCCUUGUAUUGGAGACGCCGGGGCAGAAGUCCUUGGAGCUUUUGUCCUUCGAGCGCGAUACCUGCUAA